AUGGCGGGCUCGGGUAACUCAGCUUUCUCUUACGUUACGAACACUGAAGGCCAAUGCAUCUGCGCGUCUUGCCAUUGGACCUCCAGCAUGCUUCCAGCACAGACCAAUUUGGUUGAGUGUUGUUGUAAUAGCUGCAAAACACAUGGAGGCGCGCCUUUCGCUGUCAGUCUCUGGUUUCCGAAACACGACUUUUUCAUCACAGGUCCGGUAAAAUGCUUUUCACACAUCGGUGGCAGCGGAGGACAAAAUAUGGUCCACCGUUACUGGUGUGAUACCUGCGGAUCAACCAUCGGUCACGAAUGCGAAAUCGAAAAGGAAAGAAUCCACGUCUCUGCCGCAAGCUUGACGACCCAGAACCAUCCUAAAUUAUUGUUAAAGCCCGCCGCAAUAUGGCUCGAGGAUGAGAAGUUCCCUUUUCAUAAAACAAGCGGAACUCCCCCUAAAUUCCCAGCUCCUGCACCGUUAGUCACCGGCUCGUUCCCGGCAACUUUGCCAGCUGCUGCGGCAGGAAAGUCUGUGCUCGUUCCUGCCGGCUUUGUUUUCCCGAGAUUUCCCUACCAGCCAUGA